CGUGACGUAUUUGCCAGUCGUUCUCUCCCUUGCGUGGCGUACGUGCCCGGAAGUAGCUGCGGCAGGCACGCGGAGAGCGCCUGAGUGGAGCAGAGAGAGUGGGGCGCCUUUUGUGUGUGUGUGUGUGUGAGACUUGAAAGAGGCAAACGGGGGAGGGGAAUAGCUGUGCCCAGUAGUACGGGAGCCUCUAAAGGACAAACUUAAUUUUUUUUUAAAAGAGCGCUGGCCAAGUUUGUUGCUGUGUCUGGCAAGAUGCCCGGCAUUGCUGCCCCUAAGAACCAGGAACGGAAUCGUGGACGGAAUCGUGACAACGCCAUGGAGCCCCCGCCGGCUGAUGACUAUGCGAAGGAAAGAUACGGUCUAUUGCCGAUGAUACAGUCUCAGGAGAAACCAGAUCGAGUGCUGGUUCGAAUAAAGGACCUGACAGAAGAGAAGGCUGAUGAAGUUGUUUGGGUUCGUGGCAGGAUUCAUACAAGCAGAGCGAAAGGGAAACAGUGUUUCUUAGUUCUACGUCAGCAGCAGUUCAAUGUCCAAGCUCUGGUGGCUGUGGGGAGCCAUGCAAGUAAACAGAUGGUAAAGUUUGCUGCCAAUAUUAACAAAGAGAGCAUUGUUGACAUUGAAGGUGUUGUGAGGAAGGUGCCACAGAAAAUUGGAGGCUGCACUCAGCAAGAUGUCGAGCUGCACGUUGAAAGGAUCUAUGUCAUCAGUUUGGAAGGAAGAGCGACAGUAAACCAGGAUACGAGAUUGGACAACAGAGUGAUAGACUUGAGGACCUCCACAAGCCAAGCUGUCUUUCACCUCCAGUCUGGCAUUUGUCAGCUUUUUCGAGAGACACUCAUUGGCAAGGGGUUUGUGGAAAUUCAGACUCCAAAAAUUAUUUCAGCUGCCAGUGAAGGUGGUGCCAACGUAUUUACUGUCUCCUACUUCAAAAGCAGUGCCUACCUGGCUCAGUCCCCACAGCUUUACAAGCAGAUGUGUAUUUGUGCUGACUUCGACAAGGUUUUCUGCAUUGGGCCCGUAUUCAGAGCAGAAGACUCAAAUACUCAUAGACACCUGACAGAGUUUGUCGGUCUGGAUAUUGAAAUGGCAUUUAACUACCAUUAUCAUGAAGUGGUGGAAGAGAUUGCAGACACAAUGGUGCAGAUAUUCAAAGGACUCCAAGAGAGGUUCCAAACUGAAAUUCAGACAGUGAAUAAACAGUUUCCAUGUGAGCCAUUCAAGUUCUUGGAGCCAACUCUGAGGCUGGAGUACCAGGAAGCCCUGGCCAUGCUUCGGGAAGCUGGAGUAGAGAUGGGCGAGGAAGAGGACCUCAGUACGCCAAGUGAAAAGCUCUUGGGCCGUCUGGUCAAGGAAAAGUAUGACACAGACUUCUAUAUUCUGGACAAAUAUCCCCUGGCUGUAAGACCUUUCUAUACAAUGCCAGAUCCAACAAAUCCGAAAAUCUCCAAUUCUUACGACAUGUUCAUGAGAGGAGAAGAGAUCUUGUCCGGAGCUCAGCGAGUUCAUGAUCCGCAGCUGCUGACCGAGAGGGCCCUGCAUCAUGGCAUUGAUUUGGAGAAAAUUAAGUCUUACAUCGAUUCCUUCCGUUUCGGUGCACCUCCCCACGCAGGUGGCGGCAUAGGAUUGGAAAGAGUAACCAUGUUGUAUCUCGGCUUGCACAAUGUCCGACAAACCUCCAUGUUCCCGCGCGAUCCCAAACGUCUGACGCCUUAAGAAGUCUGGAGUUUGCAGCCUUUGUCCAUGCUCUCAGUGACCUCACACCCAGCCUAGUGGAAAGCUAUCUAAUCUACUGAAGUGCCACAAUGACAAAUGUUCAACUCACUUAUUACUAACAUCUUAAAGUCAAGUAUUUUAACAAACCUGGACUCUAUGGUAGACAACGUCAUCUUUUUAAUAAGAACAUACUUGAUGAAGUUGAGAAUAAUAUUAUCAUGUUGUACUUUAGGAAGUUUCUAAACACUUGAAUUUUAACAAUAUUCCUAGUUGUGUAAAAAAAAAAGAUGAGUGUUGUUUUUUUAACAUACGACGACAACGCUAUAGAUGUCAGAGUUUGAUCCUAACAGUCAUGCAAAAGACAUGGAAAAGUAGCAAAUUGCACAAGGGUUAUUUUGAGAAGCAGCUGAGAAAUUAUGGACUAAGUUUGAAUUUACUGAACUGUAAACACAGGUUGCAAUAAAGCUCCCA